ACAGACUUUCUGGUGUUCCAUGUAAAUAUUAAGUUGUCACUGAUGCGGUGCAUUGUGGUCUAAAUAGUCCAAGGCCACUUCUAUGAGGUAUUUGUCAAAGUGUGGAUAAAGUGCAUUUAGCUUAUUUGAAGAACGUGACACCCUAGAAUACUCGCGGUAGACGAAUGAACGUGCACGUCAAGUGUAGUAGAGUGGACCAAGUCGGAAAAAUGGGACAGGGCCAUAAACAAAAACGUAAAUAUAUUUUAAAUGUCGUAAAGUAACGACGCUUGUAGGAAACCAGUUUUGCCAGCUGCUCGUUGGUUGUAGUUUCCACGGUAACAGGGACGCUAACACUGGAUAUCAUUUUAUGAGUUUUACAAAAUGUCGGCCAACAAGAGACGAGACAAACUCAGCAAAGUCGAAAAGAAGAAGUUACAGAAGGAAGAGGACGAGCAGAGACAGAGGGAGGAGGAGGCGGCUCGACUGCUGGCAGAGCAGGAAGAAUUACAGAGACAAGAAGAGGAGCGCAAGGAGCAGGAGGAACAUCAGAGACUCGAACUGAAGGAUAGGGAGCGCAGAGAGGAUGAGCUGAGCGAAUUGCGACACCUGCUGGAUGAAAUGCAGAACGCAGUGGCACGAUGGAAACACGAGGCUAGCGCAAAAACAAAGUGGGAGCGCUACAUGCGGUGUGACGGUACUCCAGACCCGUCGAUACCGCACGAGAUCAAUGGUUUCAUCAGCCUCUGGAACGAGGACACAGAGGUCCAGAUUGCUCCUGUGCUGGAGAGCUGCUCCCUGGCUCAGCGGCUGAUUGAGGAGCUGGAGGACCUGCUUAGUGAGACACCUCAGUCUGCGGGGAGCAGCAGCGACACACACAGGCAUCAAGAGACUAUACUGUCCCUUCAAGAACUCAUCCACUCCAAGCACAACCAGGCCACAGAGGAGAUCCUGAAGUGGUCAAGGGCCAACAUGGACAUCGAGACAGGAAACACGCAGACGGUCGUUCGGGAUGCAGACGUAACCCUGUGUCUUUGGGCAAACCUCAACAAGAACCCAAGGUUUAAAGGAUACCAUUUUCACGAGGCAGGCUUCGGGUUCGAGCUGCCCAAGCAAUUGGCCGUGAGCGACGUGGCCGUGCGCAUCCUGCAUACGCGAUUUGACCACCUUUCAUGCCUGAGCGCCGGAGCACAUCACAUUAGCCAGGGCUCCAUCAAGACAGAGGAGUCUCAUCCCUCAACAGUAGAAGAGGGGGAUGGAGACAAAGAACAGCAGGGAAGCACAGAGGAGAGUCUAGACUACACGGAUGAAGACUCUGUCAGAUCUGAGACCAGGAAGGUGAGAUGCACUGAGCAUGUGCACACUGGGAGCAGAAUGAACUUGGGACGUAAUGAAUCAAAGGAUUGGUCUUGUUCGGCGAGGAUGCAACUGAUGUAUCCUUCAUAUUUGGGAUGGGGCAAGAACAACAUCCAAGGAUUUUUACCAUCCUCUGUACUUCUGUUCUUGAAUGUUGGAACUGGUGUUCGGCGAUGGAAGAUGAUGCGAAAUGGAUACAUGAGAACACAAAGUUUUGCAAGCGUGGCCUCUGAGAAGGAGGAGAAGAAUGGCAGACAUGUAAAGGAGCUGGAGGAGCAGCGUUGGGGGGAGGCCAGGAGAGACAGUCUGCAGGAGGAGACCGCGAUUGCAGGUGAAAGAGAUUCCUAUUUCCCCCCGGAGCCACCAGCGACACUGGUGGAGACUGAGGUGGUGGACUUGCAUCAGUACACGCCCCUGGGCGGGGUCUUCUACUUCGACGCAUUCCGGAUACCACCCCAGUCCCAGCUGGUCAAUGGCUGGGAUGUGAGAGAGCUGUCAGAUACAGGCCUGCAGAGAUUUCCUUACCCUGUGGAUGAAUCCCAGCUGCACAGCUCCACAUCUAGACCACUGGAUGAGGGGGGUGCUUUAGUCUCCCCGCCUGUAGGGGUCACAGUCACUCUUCCAAAUUCUGCAGUGUUCCUGGAGGACCCCCAGGUAGCCCGCUGGGAUCCAGUAGCUUGCCAGUGGACAAGAGAGAGUAUCGGCAACAUCACGUAUGACGCGUCCUUGAAGAGGAUCUCCUUCCAGAUGGACUCGUUCUACCCAUUCACUCUCCUGCAGGACAUGCACAUCAACAUGCCAUUCCAGAGCUGGGAGCUGCGACCGUUGGGCCUGAACUCUGCGGUUCUGGUGGUCACAGCUGCGGUCACUGAGGUCCACUUCACGGUCAAGCAGGGGCACCACUGCAUGCUGAGCUCAGCCACGGAGUACGAGCUGCCGCACGUGCUGGGGAGGUGGAUGAGCCCAUCAGCGCUGCAGAAGGCCGUGAGGAGAGCGGGGCUCGAUGUUUUCGCGAGCGAGAGCUCGGAGAAGUACGUCAGCAUCGACGCGAAGGAGCCGUCUAUCGCGCAGGCAGCCUACGAGCAGAUGGCGCUGCUCUCCUGCGCCGUGGCCUUCAGCUGGAGCCGCUGGAACUCGCACUGCGGUCGGGAGCAGCUGGUGGUGCAGGCUUGUGAGCAUCUGGAGGCGGGGCCUGUGCCGGAGAAGGCCUGGUCCCUGUACCUGCUUAAUGCAGAGAGGACCUGCCGGCUGCGUAUCAGGGAGCAGAGCGAGAGCUUCUCGACAGCCUUGGACGGGGGCAGCGAGUUCCAUGCCACCUUGCUGCACAUGCUGCGUGACGGCAUGGGGGCACCCGGGCAUGGCCGGGUGCGAGACGCUGACCCCUUCUUUGUGGACUGCGUGCUCCAGCUGCUGAUGGCCACACGGGUGCUCAGCUACUGCUGACUGCUGCCCACCCCCCCAAAAAACAAGGCUCACUAUCUGUAAAGACCAAAAUCUCAAAGGACCCCAAACUGUUGUGCAAAGACAUCUUAGACCAGUGCUGCCUUGUGAAAGGCAAUACAAGGUAACUACACUGACAACAUUGUUAAAUAAAACAAAUAUAUAAAGACUUUAUUCUUGAAGUCAUAA